AUGUUCAGCCAAAACCCCUUGAUGAAUGGCCCAAAUUAUUCUUUCUCCGAUACACCACAUACUGCCCAAGGUAACAUCAGGGAGCAUCGGUUCAGCCCUUACUCUGACAACGGAGGAUCUACUCUUGCGAUUGCUGGCGAUGACUUCGUGAUUGUGGCGGGCGACACCCGACAUACCUCUGGAUACUCCAUUAACACUCGAUGGGCGCCAAAGGUGUUCAAGAUUGGCGGCACGACGGCGUCCCAGGACGAUGCAACGAUAGUUUUGUCUGUGGUAGGCUUCGCUGCCGACGGCGAAGCGCUCAAGGACCGUCUUGAUGCCAUCUGCAAAAUGUACCGUUAUCGUCACGGAAAGGCGAUCUCUGUCAAGGCUUGCGCGCAACGCCUAGCGACUAUUCUUUACCAGAAGAGGUUCUUCCCAUACUACGCCCAUGCCAUCCUGGGUGGCAUUGAUGAGGAUGGAACCGGAGCCGUCUACUCGUAUGACCCGGUGGGAAGCUACGAGAGGGAGCAGUGCCGUGCCGGAGGUGCCGCAGGAAGCUUGAUUAUGCCGUUCCUCGACAACCAAGUCAACUUCAAGAACCAGUUCAUACCGGGAAGUGGUGAAGGGCACGCUUUGAAGGAGAGGGAGCGGGUCGCACUCUCGAGGUCCAAGGUCGAGAACUUGGUGAAGGAUGCAUUCGACGGCGCCGUGGAGCGCCAUAUUGAGGUUGGCGAUGCUCUCCAGAUGAUGGUUAUCACGAAGGAAGGUAUUGAGGAGAUCGUCGUCCCCUUGAAGAAGGAUUAA